AAGGAAGCUGCAGUGUGCAGUGCGCUUCAGUCCCCUCAUUAGUCACUUAUGUUUACUUGCUUUGUCAGCUGAGCUCGGUGAGGUUGUUUUGUGUGCCUCCUUGCACUCUGAAACUGGACUUAGGACUUGAACCCUGAAAGAGGUUUUAUCAGCGAGUUACGGCUUGCUGACGGCCCUUUUCUCCCCUUUCUCAACGGCAGCAGCUAACCGAACCAGCAGAACGGCGACGUAGGGUACUCGUUUAAUUAAUAGAAAUUAGAACCACUAGCAGUCUAGCAGUAACAGUAACAGUAGCAAUUGCAUUGAACCUUUAACAUGACACUCAAAUCUAAUAAAAAUGAACCCGCUGCCGUAUUUGAGCGAGUCAAUAGUAGUGCACAUACCGCGCUUUCAGACCUGUACCUGGAGCAUCUACUGCAGAACAAAACCAAGCCGGAAAAGGUGGUGAUGCAGACGCAGGAAGCUAUGGGAGAGGAGGUGUACACCAACGGGAGCCACCGAUUGGGCAGUGCCAACAGCCCUUCCAUGAACGGGAAGGAGCUCACCAAGAUGCGCCUGGUUCAGUUUGAGAAGAGCGCUACAGAGCCAAUGGGUGUCACACUGAAACUGAACGAGAAGCAGCGAUGCACAGUGGCCAGGAUCCUGCAUGGAGGAAUGAUUCACAGACAAGGUUCUCUCCAUGUGGGAGAUGAGAUUGCUGAAAUCAAUGGGAGUAAUAUAGCUAAUCAGUCCGUGGAUCAGCUGCAAAAGAUGUUGAAAGAUACUACUGGAGUCGUCACCUUUAAGAUCAUCCCCAACCCGCAAGCCCAGUCCCUAGCAUUUGAGAUGUACAUGAGAGCUCAGUUUGACUACGAUCCAAUGAAAGAUGAUCUCGUACCAUGCAAGGAAGCUGGUCUCAAAUUCAAAACAGGUGACAUCAUCCAGAUUAUCAACAAGCAAGAUCCAAACUGGUGGCAAGGCAGGCUGGAGGGCUCAGAGUCAGGGUUCGCAGGUCUGAUCCCCUCCCCUGAACUGCAGGAGUGGCGUGUAGCGAGCAAAACCAAGUCCAGCGAGCAGGGCACCCAGUCCUGCAGCCCCUUUGGCAAGAAGAAGAAAUGCAAAGACAAGUACCUUGCCAAGCACAGCUCAAUUUUUGAUCAGCUGGAUGUCAUUUCCUAUGAAGAGGUUGUGAAACUCCCUGCUUUCAAAAGGAAAACGCUGAUUCUCAUAGGUGCCCCAGGAGUUGGAAGAAGCCAUAUCAAAAGCACUUUACUCACCAAGUACCCAGAGAGAUUUGAGUAUCCCUCACCUCAUACCACCAGACCGCAGAAGAAAGACGAAGAGCAAGGGAAACAGUACUAUUUCAUUUCUCAGGAAUCCAUGUCAAAGUGCAUCGCAGACAAUGAGCUGGUGGAGUACGGCAGCUUCCAGGGACACAUUUUCGGAACCAAGCUUGAAACCAUCCACAAGAUCCACGAGAAGGGCAGGAUUGCACUCCUGGAUGUCGAGCCGCAGAUCCUAAAACUCCUUCGGACUGCAGAGUUCGCGCCACUAGUGGUGUUCAUCGCCCCGACCAACAAUGCCAAUCAGUGUGAAUCUUUGCCACAGAUACAGAAGGACUCCGACGCCAUGUGCAGUGCGUACGGACACUACUUUGACCUGUCGCUAGUUAACAAUGAUGUGGAGGAGACUGUGAAGGGACUGGAGGAGGCAAUUGAGCGAGCCAGCACUACCCCUCAGUGGGUCCCUGUGUCCUGGGUUUAUUGAAAUAUUAGCCUACUCCAUUAUUCACAAUUUACCCCCUUUUUAAAGAUCAGUAAACUCUCCAGAUGCUUUUUUUUUUUUUCACUUUUCAAAGUUGCAGAAUCCCAUUCGAAUACUCUUGUACUUUUGUCUGAUUACUGUUUGGAUGUGCAAGUUCCAAUGAGACACUAGCAUGGGUUGAAGUGUAUGCCUCUGGUAAAUGCUUUUGCAAGUGUUUUGCCUAUGGAUACAGAACAGAUGAACUGGCAGCAAUAAUACUGAUGCCUCAUCCCUGCUUCACUGCUUGUGUAACAUUAAGUUUUACAGUGGCUUCUCUGGUGCCAAUAGUGGAGAUUACUCAUCUAUUAAAACUGGGCAAGGUCCACGUUACCAGUCUCUCCAGAUUGGGUAAACCAGAUCUCAGGGAGAUUAACAUAUGGAGAGUUAGGAUUUGAAAUCAGACUGUACAAGUGAUAAGCCCCUUUCACACUGGCACUGCUACCUGGGUCAGAGACUAACAGGGUCACAAUCCCGCAUACUUUGAAGCCACAUACCUAGGUCAGACCCUGGUUGAGCGAGACAAAAUGCUUGAUGGUCGUUCGUGAGCCGACACAACAGCCACACCUGUGUGAAGAUUUCACUUACACAAAGAACAUUUUUGUUCAGCCCUACCUUUGUUGCUUGAGACCUGAGAACCAGAUUGCAGCAGAGAUGAAGAAACAUUGUUGUAAUCAACAUUUGGGCCAAUGGUUCAAUCCAGAGAAGCUUGUAUGGAAGAGUCAUUAACAAAUUGCUUCCGGGGCAUUGAUACACGCAUUGUUUACUUGCAUCUGUCACCCAGGUCAACCCUGCUUUACCAAAAGCAGU